AGUCGUCUGGAACGUGACUUUCCAUCGUGUUGCUAAAAUUAAUGCCGCCCAAUUUGUAAAGUCCAUUCUAAUUUAGAGAAUUUUUGCACGAAUAAGGUUGUUCAUUUCACAAAAAUCCAAUAUGAUUAUGAUACAUAUGAUAGGUAACCGUAACCUUGAAAUAGUGAAGUACUUCCUCUGGUUAAUAACAGUGUGUAGCUUAAUAUGCUUCCAUGGGCUUUCUACUUACAACAACUUCAACAAAUGUUGCAAAAACAAACUGGUUAGUCCCAGAUUUAUGGAUAUAAAAUCGAUGUAUCUUGGCGGACCAAACGAGAAGAACGAUGGAGUGACGUUCUUGAAUCGACGCAUGCUUUCCAUAAAUGAAACUUAUAAAAUUCUCUGGCAUUAUUCUCCGUCAUAUUUUCUGAAAAAGGCAAAUAUAAGUCUGCGAGGCUGUACUAGAUUCAAUAAUUGCCAAUUGACAACUGAUUUAGGACAGAUGGCGGUAGCAGAUGUUGUCAUAUUUAGACAUAAUUAUCUACCAGAAAUUCCUCCGGUUAAACAAACUGACCAGAUAUGGCUCUUAUAUGGACAGGAAACUCCAUUUUAUAUGAGAAAGAGUUACCUGAGGAAGGCAUGGUUAGGACAGUUUAAUUGGUCAAUUACAUACGGCGAUGCGUCGGACAUUUCAAUGCCAUAUGCUAGCAUUGCAAAGGAAGUCAUUCGAGCGAAGAAAAAUUAUUCAGAAAUUUAUAGGAAGAAAACAAAGCAGGUAGCUUGGAUAGUGAGUCAUUGUUUUGCCGUAUCCGGUAGAGACGAAUAUGUCAAAGAACUACGAAAGUAUAUUUCAGUCGACAUUUUUGGAAAAUGUGGUAAUUUGACUUGUGCUAGAAAUGGCACUGAAUGUAUGGAUAAAAUUAGUACAGAAUAUAAAUUCUACCUUUCAUUUGAGAACUCCUUAUGCAAGGAUUAUGUUUCAGAAAAAGUAUUUACAAUUUAUAGUAAUAAGUACAGUAUCAUUCCAGUUAUCCGAGGUGCUCCGAAUAUUGAUGAAUACGUCCCACGGAAAACGUACAUCAAUGCAUUUGACUUUGAGAAUCCUGAAAUUCUUGCUAAUUAUUUAUUAAGCCUUACUUCUAAUGAACAAAAAUACUCGUCAUAUUUGCAGGAGAAAGAUAAAUUCAGACCGUAUUAUGCUAGUUACUACAGAGCCAUGUGCUCUUUAUGUGAAAAAUUGAAUAAGUACAACACAUCAAAAGUACUUGAAAAUUCAUCAUGGUUUACAAUACGAAAUAAUUGUCUGGUACCCCAGAAUAGAUCACAAAUUGUUAUAAAGGACAAGGCUCCAGAUUACUGGUACUGGGAUUAAAUUCAUCACCUAAAACAGAUAAAAAAGAAACCUCAAGUAACUUAUCACAUAAUGAUGGUAUUAUUCUUCCUAAGUUCACUGUUGGUACACAUAUUAAAAAUGGCACC